AUGCUCAAGGCCGCCAAGCUUGCUCGCGCGAGCGCUCGUGCGACGAGCCGGCGCUCUUUCGCGACGGUCGCGGACCCGCCCGUUCGUCGGUACGGCGGGCUCAGGGACCAGGACCGCAUCUUCACAAACGCACACUCGCGCCACGACCACGGUAUUAAGGGUGCAAUGGCCCGCGGCGACUGGCACCGGACGAAGGACAUCAUCCUCAAGGGCGACGCGUGGAUUAUCCAGACGAUCAAAGACUCUGGUCUGCGCGGGCGUGGCGGGGCUGGUUUCCCGUCUGGGUUGAAGUGGAGUUUUAUGAACAAGCCCGGCUGGGAGAAGGACCCCAGGCCACGCUACCUGGUCGUCAACGCCGACGAGGGCGAACCCGGCACGUGCAAAGACCGCGAGAUCCUGCGCGGCGACCCGCACAAGCUCGUCGAGGGCUGCCUCGUCGCCGGCCGCGGCAUGAACGCCACCGCCGCCUAUAUCUACAUCCGCGGCGAGUUCACGCAGGAGGCGCGCCACCUGCAGCAGGCCAUCGACGAGGCGUACAAGGCCGGCUUCAUCGGCAAGGACGCCUGCGGCUCGGGCUACUCCUUCGACGUGUACCUCCACCGCGGAGCCGGCGCGUAUAUCUGUGGGGAGGAGACGGCGCUUAUUGAGAGUAUUGAGGGGAAGCAGGGCAAGCCGCGGUUGAAGCCGCCGUUCCCGGCUGAUGUCGGCUUGUUCGGUUGUCCGACGACCGUCGCAAACGUCGAGACUGUCGCUGUUGCUCCUACUAUUGCACGGCGCGGCGGUGCGUGGUUCGCAGGCUUUGGACGCGAGCGCAACCAGGGCACCAAGCUCUUCUGUAUUUCGGGUCACGUCAACAACCCCUGUGUCGUCGAAGAGGAGAUGUCGAUCCCGUUGAAAGACCUCAUCGAGAAGCACUGCGGUGGUGUACGCGGCGGAUGGGACAACUUGUUGGGUAUCGUGCCGGGUGGCUCGUCUGUGCCGAUUAUCCCGAAGGAUACCUGCGCGCAGGUCCUGAUGGACUACGACUCGCUCAAGGAUGCGCAGACCGGUCUUGGGACAGGCGCUGUCAUCGUCAUGGACAAGUCUACCGACCUCGUCGCCGCCAUCGCUCGUUUCGCUCACUUUUACAAGCACGAGUCGUGCGGCCAGUGCACGCCUUGUCGCGAGGGUACGACAUGGAUGAUGAACAUGAUGGACAGGUUCAAGGAGGGCCGCGGCCACGCGCGCGAAAUCGACAUGCUCCUCGAACUCUCCAAGCAGAUCGAAGGCCGCACGAUCUGCGCCCUCGGCGACGCGGCAGCCUGGCCCAUCCAGGGCCUCAUGCGCCACUUCCGCCCGCUCGUCGAGGACCGCAUCUCGCAGUUCCGCGCCACGAACGGGGCUGUGAUGUUUGGCGGGCGCCUCGCGGCGGACGUGGACCCGAGCUUGGCGCUGCCGGAUAAUCUGGGCGCGAAUUUGAAGGAGGUCGCGCCGCCGCCGACGUUGUAG